AUGGAAAACGAGACUUUCACAUCCAGUCACUCACUUACCAAGUCCACUUCGCCGAAGGCAGUAACUGAAGACCAUUUAUUUGGCCUGAAUUGUGCCAAAACCGCAGUAACAGGUUACCUUCGUGAUUUCAUUCUAAGUUGUCUCUAUGUGGACAGUCCGUGUGACAAUGAAGUACAGCACGGCAUACUAUUAUACGGUCUGUCUGGUUGUGGAAAACGCUCACUUUUGCGCGCUUUGAGCAACUACGAUUUGGCUAUUGAUGAACAUCAUCUUGGGCGAGACAAUAUGAUAUUCUUGACGAUUCCACAUUCUCUGGUCAGUGAACUAUUUACGAGAAAGAAAUCGAACUCCGAAAAUCCUUUUUAUUCUUGGAUUGAAAAUAAGCUAACAACGGAAACAACAACUACCUUUCAUGCCGUACCGGUAGUUUUGUUACUGCCCAAUUUAGAUUCUUGGGCCAUUGGAGGUGCAUCCAUUGCAGAUGACGAAGCGACUCAAUCAGAGGAUGCAUAUGGUUCAAAAAGCAUUUCCAGUCCUAUUAGUACAGCUUUCCGCCAGUUGUUGGAUGCUGUAAACAUGCUGAAUAAACAUCAUGACCGAGCUAUGAGGCCUCAGAGGUUUGGAGUUGUAGCAACGGCAAUAACUAUGGAUGACCUAUUUGAUCUCGCGGAAUGUAGGCAGUUGUUCCAUCGUCGCGUGCUUGUGACCCUUCCGGAUGCACACACACGCUAUUUGAUAUUGCGUCAUUUCAUCUUUUCACGAUUGGCAGUUAUGUUUCCAAGUUCAUAUCAAGAGGGCGACGAUGAUCGAAGCAUGAAUCUCAUUUUGGAUACACCUGAAGUCAAGGAUUGCCUAGUUGGUGUUGCUUCAAAGCUGCAUGGAUAUACGCCCAAAGAUCUUCAUCGACUGGUUCAAAUUGGUUGUUCUUCUCUAUUAUCCCGUUUGUUGCAAUCCACAGUAGUGCCUGGAAAUCAUUGCAUCAAGUUGCCCACUUUGAACUCAGGUCACAUAGUUAAUCUAUGUGAAAUAUUACUUCUGGAAUCUUUAUCCUACUUGCAAAUCAAUUUAUCCCAGCAUAUCUCACCGAUCAGUCCUCUUCGAUGGGACGAUAUUGGUGGGUAUGAUGAUCUAAAGAAUCUGUUCCGCGGUGUAAUUGAAAAGCGUCUUACUCAUGCGGUUCAACCGGAUAGUUUUGAUGCUCAAGCAGAUGCCGCUUUGGGUCUGCGCGUACCACGUGGUGUGCUUCUCCAUGGCCCUCCAGGUUUGUUUACUUUCUAUCUAAUCACGGUGUGUGAACUCAUCCACUUAUGUUUCUGUUAA